GUUUAUAUUGGCCAUUGUCAUCUACUUGUCACCAAAUAUGCUCGCAGCUGUAUUGUUUCUUUUCCCCUUCAUCCGUCGAUUCCUUGAGAGGUCUAACAAUAAGCUUGUGAUGCUCGUAAUGUGGUGGUCACAGCCCCGGCUUUAUGUUGGAAGGGGAAUGCAUGAGAGCACAUUUUCUCUGUUCAAAUAUACAUUCUUUUGGGUUCUGCUCAUGGUAACAAAGUUGGCUUUUAGUUACUAUAUUGAGAUAAAGCCUUUAGUGGGUCCAACAAAAUCCAUUAUGGAAGUACGAAUAACUGAUUUCCAGUGGCAUGAAUUCUUUCCCCGUGCAAAGAAUAAUAUCGGUGUUGUGAUUGCACUCUGGGCCCCAAUUAUUCUUGUCUAUUUUAUGGACACCCAAAUCUGGUAUGCGAUAUUCUCAACAUUAUUUGGGGGUAUAUAUGGUGCAUUCCGUCGCCUUGGAGAGAUUCGAACAUUAGGGAUGCUCAGAUCUCGUUUUGAAUCAUUGCCUGGUGCAUUUAAUGCCUGUCUAAUUCCAAAUGAGAAGAGUGAGCCAAAGAAGAAAGGACUGAGGACCACAUUGUCCCGCGACUACGCAGAGAUCCCUCCCAACAAAGAGAAAGAGGCUGCAAGAUUUGCUCAGUUAUGGAACAAAAUAAUCAGUAGUUUUAGAGAGGAAGAUCUUAUAGACAAUAGGGAAAUGAAUUUGUUGCUUGUACCAUAUUGGGCUGACCGUGAUUUGGAACUUAUACAGUGGCCACCAUUUUUACUUGCUAGCAAG